UUAUAUAAAUAGUACCAGGUUAGGACAGCCAGAACCAUUUCGUCGUCGAAAGUCUUGAACGUAUGUUCCGUGGUACCGCGGCGUCGUGAGAUAACGGUCAGGAAGUCUUACGAAAUUUCAUCCGCAGGCAUUUGCUCGUCAUAAAUAAAUCAAAAGCAAUUCCCACACCAUGAACAUCGGCGAGAGAAUGAAACGAUGGGAAGGCAAAGUCGCCGUUGUAACGGGAGCCAGCGGUGCCAUCGGUGGGGCUAUCGCAAAAGAACUGGUCAAAGCGGGAAUGAUUGUCUGUGCCCUGGCCCGAAGGCGGGACAAGGUGGAAAAACUGCGAGCCAGCCUGUUUGAUGUGGCCGGAAAUCUGAACUGCGUUGAAUGUGAUAUCACGGUGGAGGAAGACGUCAAACAUGCCUUCGGAUGGAUUGAGGGUACCUAUGGUGGAGUCGAUCUGCUGGUAAAUAACGCUGGAGUGAUCACCAAGUGCCUGCUGACUGAGAAGAACAACUCCAAAGAUUUGUACACAACCAUGGAAACGAACAUCAUCGGGUUGUGCCUGUGCACUCGGGAAGCAGUCAAAUCGAUGAAGCAAAGGGAUGUCCACGGGCACAUAAUCAAUGUGAACAGUAUAUUCGGUCACAAAGUGCACCAGGCAGUGCCGGGAACGCGACCACUGAAUGGAAUGUAUCCAGCAUCCAAGUUUGCUGUCACUGCAAUCACAGAGUGCAUCCGCCAAGAGCUAAUCUAUCUUGAUACGCAAGUUAAAGUGUCGAGCAUCAGCCCCGGUCUGGUGGAAGGUGACAUCGUUGCCAAUCAUACGGCCGGCGAUAACGACCUCGUAAAGUACAUGCCAAAGUUGAAACCGGAGGAUGUAGCUGACGCCGUGUUGUACGCCAUAACCACGCCAGAUAAUGUUCAAAUCCACGAACUUGUCAUCAAACCGAUGGGAGAAUUCAUUUAAAUAUAAACCCCUUUCGGUUCAUCUCAUAACAUGUCUGUAUAUGACGGCACGAACAUUCAGAUUAUCCGAAAAAUGUAAGAAUUCUCAAAAUGAGAACAAGAAGAAACAAAAGUAUGCUCUCGGGCGCUAUCUUAUAUAUUUUAGAUCUUAUUUUUAUACAGCAAUAAACGAAAAAAAAAUCACUUCACUAUAAACCUGCUUC